UGCGAUCCGCUGAGGCGCCUGCCCGUGAACGCCUGGCGCGUGACGCAAUCGCUCGCGUCGUCUGUUGUUGUUGUUGGUUUUUUUUUUUGGAAGCGUUUAACAUUACGGAAGCGAUGUGAAGGACUUCAUGCUGGUGUUUAGUCAGAAGUGACCGUAGGGGUCGACAGACACUCACUUUGUGACAAUGAAGGUGAAGGUCAUCUCCAUCCUGGAGGACAAUUAUAUGUACUUGGUGAUUGAAGAGAAUGGCAAGAAGGCCAUCGCAGUGGACCCUGCUGUUCCUCAUCGGCUUCUUGAUAUUGUGAAACGAGAGGGUGUGACACUUGAUGCUGUACUGACCACGCAUCAUCACUGGGAUCAUGCCAGGGGUAAUGAAAACUUGGCCAAAGAAGUUCCAGGGAUACAGAUAUAUGGUGCAGAUGACAGGAUUGGUGCGUUAACUCACAAAGUUGUCCACAAACAGGAGCUAAAGUUUGGUACUUUGAAUGUUCGGUGUCUGUUCACUCCGUGCCACACAUCUGGACACAUGUGCUACUUUGUUUGGGAGGAUGGCUGCACUGAUGCUCCAGCAAUUUUUACAGGAGAUACCCUUUUCGUGGCUGGAUGUGGUAGGUUUUUUGAGGGCACAGCCCAGCAAAUGUAUAAAAAUCUAACGGAGGUCUUAAGCACUCUGCCGCUUGAAACAAAAGUAUUUUGUGGACAUGAGUACACUGUGAAGAACCUCAAGUUUGCUUUGAAAGUGGAGCCUGACAAUGUGAAGGUAAAGGAGAUGCUGGCCUGGGCUAAGGCCCGGGAUGAUGAUGACAAGCCCACUGUGCCAUCCACACUAGAGGAUGAGUUUCAGUAUAAUCCCUUCCUUCGACUCUCGGAAGAAGCUGUGCAGAAGUUCACUGGAAAGACUGACCCAGUCGAAGUGCUCAGCAUUCUACGGGCUGAGAAGGACAAAUUUAAAAAGCCUAAGGAAAGGUUGCCAACACCAGCUAUGCUUGCAUUCCAGUGGGCUCUGUCCAUGGCAAAUUCUGAAACCCUUCAAGGGCCAACUGACAGGAAUAUGACUAAAAAAUGAGCUAAUGCACAGACUGCACCUCAAAGGCUGCUGGAAGCCCAUGAUCUUGUAUUUCUGUGCUUUCCAGUAGCAGCUGGCCUGCUAAAAAGUUUCAGCUCUUUAAUUCAAUUCUGAUGAACAUAAGCAGUGCCCUUCUGUUGUCCUGCAUGACUGUGCACAUGCAUGCAAAUACCAAAAGCUGUGAUGUACAGAUAUGCGCACAAAGGGAUUCCAGGUAAUUCUGCACUUGACUCAAUAUUUCCAUUUGCCUUUACACACAUACGCAAAAAGCCAUAAACCUAAAGUACUGAUUCCUCCUCCCCCCAACCCCCCAUUUUCCACUAAAUAUGCACAAUUAGGCAGAUAGGUCUGAAUGCGGCACACACAAUUCCAACACUUAAAAGCAGCUUGUGGGCAAAGACCUGAAAACAAGGCUUGUAAACACUGAACUGCCAGUGCAAGUGCCCAAUAAUGUUAGAUUUUUAUUCAAAUAUUCUACAAAUAAAGCACCUCUUUUAAAACAAA